GAUAGAUGAUCAUGUAUAAUCCUAAACCCGUAUUUGGGAGUUUGGCAAGGGUGACGUUAAUCAUCGUAGCAGUUAUUUUGAUGUAUCACUGGUUGUAUUCUUUCUCCAACGAAUUAGCCCUAAUAUCCAAGAAAGAAUCACUAUGCAAACAAUUAAAUUUUACCACCACCACCAAUAUUGAAGCACAUGGAGAUGCCCUUGAUCAUGCUUUGGCCAAAGCCUCAAUGGGAAACAAAACGGUGAUAAUUGCUAUAGUAAAUAAGGCAUAUGUAGAGCAAGAUGUAGAGAGUGAUACUACAAUGUUUGAUAUAUUUCUUGAUAGUUUUUGGCUUGGAGAGGGAACAAGGUCUCUCAUUGAUCAUCUUCUUAUAGUAGCGGUUGAUCGAACGGCCUAUGAUCGAUGCCAAUUUUUAAAGUUGAAUUGCUUCAGAUUAAAAACAGAUGGAGUUGAUUUUGAAGGUGAAAAAAUUUACAUGUCUCAAGACUUCAUCAAGAUGAUGUGGACAAGAACUCAUUUCCUCUUGGAAGUUCUAAAACGUGGCUACAACUUCAUUUUCACGGACACAGACAUAAUAUGGUUAAGAAAUCCAUUUAUAAGAUUGAGCAAGAAUAAGACAGAAGACCUUCAAAUCAGCACAGAUAUAUACCUUGGUGAUCCUUGGUCAAAAAAGAAUCCAAUUAACACUGGAUUUUACUUUGUGAGGUCCAACAACAAGACCAUUUCUCUAUUUGAAACAUGGUAUAGACAAAAGGAUAAUGUUGUGGGCAAAAAAGAGCAAGAUGUGCUUUUUGAUCUCAUUAAAAGUGGUAUAAUUGAGCAUUUGAGACUUAGAGUUAGGUUUUUAGACACUCUUUAUUUUAGUGGAUUUUGUCAAGAUAACAGGGAUUUUAGGUCAGUCACUACAAUUCAUGCCAAUUGUUGCAAAAGCAUUGCUGCAAAGGUAGCAGAUAUCAAGACAACACUCCAUGAUUGGAAGAGAUAUAAGAGAUUGGAAGCUAAUUCUUCUGUGAAUCUCCAAUGGACUAAGCAUAAUUGGUGUUGGCAAUCUUGGGGAAAGCCUAUAAAAACAAAUGAGAAAGUAUUAUAUAACUACUUGAAUGAGGUAAAAUGAUCCAUUAUUUUUAUAUGUAAUCUAAAUAGGCUGUUAUUUUAAUUUAGAAAAAGUAGG